GUAUAUAUUGGCAGCUCUCCAUUGAGCUAAGCCCUAGGGUUAGAGAAAAUAACAGUCUCAGUCAUGGCAUGUACAAUCGAUUUCCGUUGCUUAGAUGAAGGGUUUGGCGGCAAAACCUACAAACGUAAAAGACAAGAAGCCGAAAACAACAUCGGCAACGGCGAAGAUGUCGAUGCAGCCAUGGAUGUCGAUGACUCAGCUCCUCCCUCAGCAAAGAGAUCAGCUAUAGCUUCGUCGGAGAAUCCUGACAAACCGAUCUUCGGAAACGCGACUUACGACGGCGUCAUAGCCGGAAGAGUCUCCGGUCGUAAGUGGAAGCAGCCGAGGAAGCAUAGGGCUUCGGCGACUAUGGUUAGAAAGGGAACGAACUUCGAAGAGAGAGCGAAGGAGAAGGAGAUAAAAAAAGCUUACAGAGAGAGGAAAGAAGAGCUUAAGGAAGAGAUUAGGAAGAAUAAAGUUGAUAAGAGGAAGCAAAGAGAAGAGAGGGAGAAGAGGAAGAAGGAGAACAUAUUGAGAUCUGGUACUAAGCUUCAGAAGAUUACUAAUCCCAAAACGCUUAAGAAACUUGCUAAGUCUAAACAGAGGAAGUUACUCAAGGUUGUUCCUGAUGAUUUGCUAGCCAAUAAGAACAAGAACAAGAACUAGUAAUUUUCUUCAUUCCUUACCUAUUUUUCUUUUGUUUAGAUUAUGUAAUUUUCAAUUUUGUUUUCUCCAUUUCUAGCUAGAGAAGCUUCUGUUUUUUGUUCCUUUAAUGAAUUUGCAUUAACAAAAAAAUUAUAUAUACAUAAUGAAAGUUUUCAUA